GCUACUGACUCUUGACUCCUGGCUGGCGAUGGGUUGCGACGGAGGAAGAAUCCCCAAGAGACACGAACUGGUGAAGGGGCUGAAGAAGAUGGAGAAGGUUGACCAAGAUGCUGAAUUAGUGGCCCAAUGGAACUAUUGUACUCUAAGUCAAGAAAUACUAAGGCGACCAAUAGUUGCCUGUGAACUUGGCGGACUUUAUAACAAAGAUGCCGUCAUUGAGUUUCUAUGGGACAAAUCUUCCGAAAAGGCUCUUGGGAAGGCAGCAUCUCACAUUAAAAGCAUUAAGAAUGUGACAGAACUAAGGCUUUCUGAUAAUCCUGCCUGGGAAGGGGACAAAGAAAACACAAAAGGUGACAGACACGAUGACGUCCAGCGGGCACGUUUCAUCUGCCCCGUUGUGGGCUUGGAGAUGAAUGGCCCGCACAGGUUUUGCUUCCUGCGGUGCUGUGGUUGUGUGUUUUCUGAACGAGCCUUGAAAGAGAUAAAAGCAGAAGUUUGUCACACAUGUGGGGCUGCCUUCCAGAAGGACUACGUCAUCGUGCUCAACGGCACCAAGGAGGACGUGGAAACGCUGAAGAGGAGGAGGGAGGAGAGGAGGCUGAGGGCGAAGCUGGGGAAGAAAGCAAAGAAACCCAAGGCGGCAGAGUCUGUCUCAAAGCCAGGUGUCAGUGAAGAAUCUCCAGGGCCAUCAAAAAUUAAGACGGGGAAGCCUGAAGAAACCAGCCUUGAUUCUAGAGAGAAGAAAGGCAACUCAGCUCCCAAAAGUGCAGCAGCAAAUGGGAGCUCUUCUGGAAAAGUCGGGAAGCCUCUGCGUGGAACCACAAAGAGGUCCAUUGCCGACAGCGAAGAAUCGGAAGUUUACAAGCCCCUUUGCACCACUCACAGCUCCGCCAAGCGCUCCAAGGAGGAGUCCGCCCACUGGGUCACCCACGCGUCCUACUGUUUCUGA